AACUCCAUGGUUUCUCCAGUGUGAACUGUGUCUUUGAAAGCAUGGUAUUUGGUUUAUUUGUGUUUUCAUUCGUUGACAGGUCUUCCAAGUGUAUCUUUUAUAAUAUAUUGAAAUGUCAUUGCCCAUGCAUAUCGAAUUACAAAAUAUUGGAAAAGUCUUUUUUAAUCACUUACCUUUCACUGUGAAAUUUGAUUAAAUAUAGUAGCGUUAACUGGCUAUCUUCAAUUGCUACGCUGGGAGGCGAGCCAUGAAGCUGCUGGAGCCCAGGCGGAAGCGGCGGGUGACCGCGGCGCCCCGCACGCCCUUCCCCGUGCAGAUCGAGAGCGAGACGGGGAUCCCGGCCAGCCGCGCCCUGUGGCAGGUCUACACCGGCGUCUUCAACGGCGACUGCGUCGUCGUGGACGACCCGGACGAGAUGGACAUUGUGUACAACAUGGGCUUCUUCGGCAAAGGUUCGCUGUCUCGGGGCAGCCCAGAGUUUGGCAAGGUGAAGAAAGGUUUGCCGCCAUACCUCCGCAAUCGCCAGUGGCUACGGAGGAAAGAGUGGGCGGAAGAGCAGGAGAAGUACGAAAGGGCAGCAUUGAACAGCAAGUGCGAUCAGAAGCACCAGAUGGCGGUGGAUGGUGGUGAUGCCGAUAAACCUACCGUAGAAAUCGAAGAGCCGGCGGUGGAAAUUGCCGAACCCGGCAACUCCGACAUCACCGUAUUAGCGACCGGCAAAUCUGGUGAAAGUCCGCAGAGCACUAAAAACAUGCCCGACAAGAAAGACAGCGUGCUAAGUGAUGUUAUAACUUUGGAGGCAUCAGACACUGACAGCACGAGAACAAGUUCAGCUGGUCCCGUUUCUGAUUCAGUUAAAUCGGGUCUGAAAGAAGCUGAUGUUGUAGUUUUGUCGGAUGAUGAAGCGCCGAAGAGGUAUUUUAAGCAAAGAUCUCAAGAGGAGAUUGAGGUGAUUGACGACAGUUCCUCGAACGAUGUGGUCUGCAAGGCGGAUGUGCACGCAUCUGGAAGCGACGGAGGUCAGCAGUCCUCGACAGCACGCGGUGGGAAUGUCACCAGCACCACAACCGACGUCCAGCAGAUCGGAGAAGGCGAGCGUGACACUGAGCCGCGAGCGAAGAAGCGCCGUGUCGGCCCGGCAGAGGACGUCGUGGAGAUAGAGGACGUCGAGAGGGAGGACGCUGAGGGCGGCGACAGCAGAGACAGCACGGCCGUGGUCACGCUGCAGGACGACAGCAGGAGCGGCAAGGACGACAGCAGGAGCGGCAAGGACGCGGGCGACGGCAGCGACGCGGAGGACAGCGACGCGGAAACGCCUGGUCCCAGACCGACGUCCCAAGUGCUCGUCCUCCCGGACUCGGACAGCGACGACGACGACCACCGGAACUACGCCAGGAACGUCAGCGCGAGGCUGGAGCAGGAGCAGUUUCCGGUGCGGGAGACGCUCCACUUGUCCUUGGAAGAGGCCUUCUUCCUCUCGUACGGACUGGGGUGUCUCCAGGUGCUGGAUGUCUUCGGCAGCGCGCUCUCCCUGGUCGACCUGUGGAGGGCGUUUCGUGACUUGCAGAAGGACUUUGUACCCAAAUACGUUGCGUAUCACUACCUGCGAGCGAAGGGGUGGGUCGUCAGAUCCGGCCUCAAGUACGGUGGUGAUUUCAUGCUGUACAGGCAGGGACCGGUGUUCUACCAUGCGUCGUACGUGGUGGUGGUGGAAGUGCUGCGAGCGGAGGACUGGUCGCGGCACCCUGCCCUCAACUCCCGCUCAUUCUCCUGGGGCAGCAUGACGACCCUCAACCGCGUCGUGACGGCAGCAGGGAAGGAGCUGCUGGCGUGCCAGGUGGUGUGGCCGGCGGGAGUCCCCGACGACGGGCCGGCCUCGCCCGCGUCGCUCCCCCAGUUCGCCGUCAACGAGGUGCUCACCAGGCGGUGGGUCCCUUCCGAGGAGCGCGAGAAGGACCGCGAGGGUGCGGACUGGGACGGCCAGUGAACUCCUCUGUGUCGCUCGUUGCUCGUUACAGAACUCCCACAACUGUUUUUGUGAGGACUUGAGUAAAGUGUGUAAGUUCAAUGUGUUGAAAAAUCUCAAUAAAUAAUUUUGAUUAUAAAAUUA